UAUAGAGGAGAGAGGACUGUACCAGGACAAGGUAUUCUGCUUCAUCCAUCUGAGUGUUCAGGAGUUUCUGGCUGCUCUUCAUGUCCAUCUGACCUUCAUCAACUCUGGACUCAAUCUGCUGGAAGAGAAACAAACAACCUCCCAGAAGUCUGAAACAAAAGAAGCUGCAGUGAAAUACUUCUACCAGAGUGCUGUGAACAAGGCCUUACAGAGUACAAAUGGACACCUGGACUUGUUCCUCCGCUUCCUCAUGGGUCUUGCACUGCAGACCAAUAAGACUCUACUACGAGGUCUGCUGACACAGACAGGAAGUAGCUCACAGACCAAUCAGGAAACAGUCCAGUACAUCAAGAAGAAGCUUAGUGAGAAUCUGUCUGCAGAGAAAAGCAUCAAUCUGUUCCACUGUCUGAAUGAACUGAAUGAUCGUUCUCUAGUGGAGGAGAUCCAACAGUCCCUUAGAUCAGGAAGUCUUUCCAAAUACUGGUCUCCUGCUGAAUGGUCAGCUCUGGUCUUCAUCUUACUGACAUCCGAAAAAGGUCUGGAUGUGUUUGAUCUGAAGAAAUACUCUGCUUCAGAGGAGGCUCUUCUGAAGCUGCUGCCAGUGGUCAAAGCUUCCAACAAAGCUCUACUUUGUGGCUGUAACCUCUCAGAGAAAAGCUGUGAAGCUCUGGCCUCAGUUCUUAGCUCUCAAUCUUCUAGUCUGAGAGAGUUGGACCUGAGUAACAGCAAACUGCAGGAUUCUGGUUUGAAGCUUCUGACUGCUGGACUGUGGAGUACAGAGUGUAUACUGCAUACUCUGAGUCUGAGUCUCUGUAACCUCUCAGAGAGAGGCUAUGAAGCUCUGUCCUUGGUUAUCAACUCCCACUCCUGUAGUUUGAGAGAGCUGAACCUGAGUAACUCUGACCUGCAGUAUUCAGCAGUGAAGCUUAUUUCUGGUGGGCUGAAGAGUCUACAAUGUAAACUGGAAACUCUGAGACUAAGUCACUGCAACAUCUCAGAGAGGAGCUGUGAAGUUCUAUCCUCGGUUCUCAGCUCCCAGUCCUCUAGUCUGAGAGAGCUGGACCUGAGUAACAAUGACCUGAAGGAUUCAGGGGUGAAGCAUGUAUCUCUUGGUUUGACAAUUCCAAACUGUACACUGAAAACUCUCAGGCUGUCAGGCUGUCUGAUCACAGAGGAAGGCUGUACUUCUCUGGCCUCAGCUCUGAGCUCCAACCCCUCCCAUCUGAGAGAGCUGGAACUGAGCUACAAUCAUCCAGGAGACUCAGGAAUGAAGCUGUUGUCGGAUGGACUGAAGGAUUCAGUCUGGAGACUGGACACUCUCAGGGUGCAGCCUGCUGGAGACCGAUGGUUGAUACCAGGUCUGAGGAAGUAUUCCUGUCAACUCACAAUCGACACAAACACAGUACACACAAACCUUAAACUGUCUGACAACAACAGGAAGGUGACAUGGAUUAUGGAGAUUCAGUCAUAUCCUGAUCAUCCAGACAGAUUUGAUAUUUGUCCUCAACUGCUGUGUAAAAAUGAUCUGACUGGUCGCUGUUACUGGGAGGUCGAGUGGAGAGGAGACGUUUAUGUAUCAGUGAGUUACAGAAGAAUCAGAAGGAAAGGAGGUGGUGACUGUGUGUUUGGAUGGAAUGAUCAGUCCUGGAGUCUGUACUGCACUGAUGAUGGUCCUUAUUCUAUCUGUUACAAUAACAGAAAAACAUCCCUCUCCUCCUCCUCCUCCUCCUCCAUCUCUAACAGAGUAGCAGUGUAUGUGGACUAUCCGGCUGGCACUCUGUCCUUCUACAGAGUCUCCUCUGACACUCUGAUCCACCUCCACACCUUCAAAACCACAUUUACUGAAACUCUUUAUCCUGGAUUGGGGUUUUGGCCUGGUUCGUCAGUGACUCUGUGGUGAGUUGAGUGUAAAGAGUGUCCUCCUGUUAGAGAAACACUCUGACUGUUGAACAGAUAGUUCAGUCUGUACAGAUUCGUGGAUUCAAUCAGUUGAUGUUUUAAACUGUUCUAAAUUAUUCCAUGUAAACGUCUUCCUCUUCAGUCCUUUAAAGAUGGAAGCUACAAUUAUUCCAGGAUCCACAUGUUGUUUUUCUGUCUUUUUCCACUCAAUGCUUCACAGUAAAUAUAUCAGUAUGUUGUGUUUCUCUGAAGUUAGUUCACAACCAGCUCCUCUGCAUUUUCAACAAGUCUGAGCUCAUUAAAAUUAAUCCAAAUGUUUGAUUUCUCUUUCUUAAUGGGAUUUUUCCAAACUCUCCACAUGCUUCCACUGUUUCACUCAUUGUUGGAAACUCAUCAUUUGAAAAUGUUUAGUCAUAUAAGCAGAAAAUAUUGGCUCAAUAGUUUUUAAUGCAGUUUUAACCAGAAUAUGAUUGUAUUGAGGGAUCAUAUUGCAUGUGGCUUAUCUAAUAAACAGCAAAGCAUUGCAUGUGUUCUGUAUCACAUUGUUUGAUUAAAGAGUUUUCCACUGUGCUGAAUCGAUGAGCUAAAUAAUGAAUAUCGGCUUUUAUGAAUCAUUUCUUUUAUUUGUGUUUGUCAUUUUGAUAUGAAAUAAACUUGGUUAGUUUCUCACAGUGUUGUGUUCAUAUGCUACAAAUGUGUCUUACACAAAUAUUGCACAGACUUACUUUUUUUCUUGUAUUUUUUCUAUGUCUGUUUUUUUCAUGCUGUAAUUUUGGCAGUAAACCUCUGACAGUCUGUCCUGAUACGAGUUGUGGUGAAGUGACUAAAAUAUGGUGGUGGUGUGUUGACAGUGUAACAGCAGCAUUCGCGUGGUGUGAGAGUCCAGCUUCCGCCUUUUAUGUUGGACACUAACAUCUUGUAUACUGGAACACUAAUAUAGAAUCAAUCAUGGAUAAUUUU